AUAAUAAUAAUAAUAAUAAUAAUAAUAAUUUUCAUAAAUUCGUUUUUUGCUUUUAUCCACAAUUUCAGUUUUUAUAGUUUUUAAACCUUUAUUAUUAACAUUUUAAUUUAAAUUUUUAUUUUCCUUCCCUCUGAAUCUACCUUUUCUUCUGUAUUCCCGUUCAACCCACGCGUCCAACCUCACUUUCAAUUUUCUGUUCCAACAGAAGAGGGAAUUGAUUGAUUUUCUAUCAGUUGGAUCGGUAUCGGGGGUUCAAUUUUCUUGCAAACACAGCAGAUCUGGGUUCUUCAAGGAGUAUUGUUGUCCUGACUCUUGGGGUAUAGGAGAAAGGCUGUUUUCCUUGCUACGCGUGUUUUGCAUUCUGUGCAAAGUUUGAGAACUAACAUCUGGUAGACAGUGCUUGAAAUUGUUUUUCUGCUGCAUGUGGUUUCUCCUUCGUGGUGCAACACUAUUUUAUUCAUGGGGGAGUGGAUUGUUGGAGCUUUCAUCAACCUAUUUGGAAGUAUUGCAAUAAACUUUGGGACCAAUCUGCUCAAAUUAGGGCACAAUGAGAGAGAAAGACAUUUACAUGGAAGCGAUGGGGUAAAUGGAAAGGUGACUUUGAAGCCUAUUAUAUAUUUCCAGAGUUGGAGAAUUGGUAUCGUAUUUUUCUUUCUUGGAAAUUGCCUUAACUUCAUUUCCUUUGGAUAUGCUGCUCAGUCACUUCUUGCCGCACUUGGUUCUGUUCAGUUUGUAUCUAACAUCGCCUUCGCUUACUUUGUCUUGAACAAAAUGGUGACAGUCAAGGUACUGGUUGCCACCGCUUUCAUUGUUCUUGGAAAUGUUUUUCUAGUUGCAUUUGGCAAUCAUCAAUCGCCUGUUUAUACGCCAGAGCAGUUGACAGAAAAAUAUACCAAUAUGGCAUUCCUUCUAUACCUUCUAGCUUUGAUCUCAGUUGUUGCGUUGCAUCACUCCAUCUACAGGAGAGGGGAACUUCUGCUUGCAGUAUCACAUGAUCUCAGACCCUAUUGGAGCAUGCUACUGCCUUUCUCAUAUGCCAUAGUUUCAGGUGCCGUGGGUUCAUGCUCAGUGUUGUUUGCUAAAUCGCUUUCUAACCUAUUACGACUGGCUAUGUCCAAUGGUUAUCAGUUGCACAGCUGGUUCACAUAUUCCAUGCUUCUUUUAUUUCUUAGUACUGCUGGAUUUUGGAUGACCAGGUUGAAUGAAGGACUGUCAUUGUUUGAUGCAAUUCUUAUUGUUCCUAUGUUUCAGAUAGCAUGGACUUUCUUCUCAAUCUGUACAGGAUUUAUAUAUUUUCAGGAAUAUCAGGUAUUUGAUGCGUUACGGACAACAAUGUUUAUACUCGGAAUGAUGUGUGUAUUUAUUGGCAUUUCUUUACUGGCACCAGAUGAAUCAAAGGGUCCUGAGCCGAAAGAUGGUACUUUGGAUUCUCUGGCGUCUUCUGCCACUUCAACAGAAGUGAACAGGUUGGUAGUGUCUACUGAAGAAGCAGAAAACAAAGACCCAAGAUCAUUUGUCAAAGCAGUGCUCAUAAAGAUAACAGAUUUGUUGGUCAAGGCAAAGACUUCUUGCGCAUUAUCUCUUGGUUUUGGGGAGGAUACCAUUAAUGCUUCAUCAGUUCUUGUGAUGCCAAUGAUGUCAUCGAGAAUGACUGGAUUCAGAGGUAACGGACUUGAGCGAGCAAGAAUUUUGUCCAUGAGAAAUUCUGGUUGGAGCAAGAUCUCAAUGGAUGAUGAAGAUGCUCAAAAAUUGUUUGAUGCUAGUUCAGUUCUUCCUCCUAGCCCUUAAAGGUUGUUGACAAUCAAAGGAUGUCCCACGGUAUGAUUUUUUCCCUUGAUUUUCCUUUUCUUUUAUGAUUGGAAUAGUUGAGAUACGAAACCAUCAUGAUUCAAUUUAUUUGCUGUUAGAAUUCAUGUAAUAGGAAAAAAAAAGUAUAAAAAAUUUGUUGUAUAUUGUAUAUACAUAUUGUAAAUUUUUUCUUGCAUAAUUGAAAUUCAAAAGAAAAAAAGAAAUCUAUGGAAGUUUUAUGCUUGAUAUUCAUUUUUGCCAGACAAAUUACUAUUCAAUUCCUAUGUAUUAUUAGUGAGGUUACAAAAUUGUAAAUUGGGAUUGGUAUCUGCGAAUUCGAAGGCUAGAUAUGUUAGGUACUAAAA